AUGUUGUGCAAUUUGGUGGAGGACGGCGUCGUCAAAUGCUACCCCUACUUCCCGGACGUUAUUGGAAGAACUAAGAUUUACAACGGAAGCAAAGUGACUCUGGACUCGCAAGAGGAGAAGUUCGACGGAGAGCUCAUCAUCCGACAGAUCACAUACCAGCCAGUGGAUCCAGAUGUCAUAGGGAUAGUACCGAAGGAGACGGUGAUACAUUACCAGAUUCCCAAAUGGAAGGAAGGAUCGAUUCCGAAGACGGAGAAUCAGAUGGAGGCUGUGCGAUUCGUUUACUACGCGACCCGGAGAAAGAGUAGAACGGUGAGUGAAGGAGAAAUGGGGGGAAAGAACUAGAUCUUGAUAAUUUCAAAAUCCCUACGACCGCGACCUCAUUCAUAUUUUUCAGGUUCCGUACGUUGUGCACAGCUCCAAAGGAACCGGACGUGCUUGCUGCUUUGCUGCUAUCGACUACAUCUACCAGGCAUCGUGCGCGAAUCGCCGGAAGUUGACCCUGCCCGGACUGGUGUUGCAGAUGCGUGUCAUGAGAUAUAUGGCCAUCGAGACUGCCGAACAACUCCACUUUAGCUUUCUGAUGGCCUACGAGGCAGUUGUCAGGGUAGGACAAAUGAUGAUCCCACUCCGUUUCCGCUAAACUCCAACUUUCAGGACUUCAAGGUGAAUGCGACCUAUACGCUGAUCUAUGACAACCGACAAUACAUGGCUCAUUUUCACGACAUGGGACAGUUCAACGCUGACCUACGCAAAGAAUAUGACGCGAAGUAUGAACAGAAACUGGCACGGAUCAAAGCAGACAAGACGGCCAAGGAACUGAGCAUCGGAAACGAUCUGAUUGGGAAGAGCAAGAAGACGGAGAAGGACUUGAAGGCGAAGUACCCGAGAAUCAGACACGAUCUGAUUGCGUUGAUCACGAAUGCGGAGAAGGAGGUGACGGCGAAGUCAGACGAGCCGAAACCAGAGGAACCGAAGCAAGUGGAAGAGAAACCGGAAGGACCAAAGCCCGAUGAGACCAAACCGGAGGAGCCGAAGUUCAAGGAGGCCACACCGGAAGAGCGGACGCCCGAGGAAGCUAAACCGCAAGAGCAAAAACCCGAUGGCGGCCAAAAGCCCGAUGAUGGCCGAUAA